AUGAAACUCAAGUGGGUCAUAUUGAGCGUUUAUGCUGGAUUUGAUGAGGUAUUUCAAAUGCCAUUUCAAGGUUUAGAAGAUGAUGAUAUGGAUAAUGACAAACUGGCAUGUUUGAAACGUAUUCAAUCAAUGGAAAUUAAUCCGUUAUCAGUUGUG